AAGCUGGGCAUGCUCAGUGCGGCCGCCGUCCGCCAACUCGGAAGCUCGCGCUCCCCGGCCUUGGGGGCGAGAACGCCGGCGGCGGCGAGCCGGCGUCGCUCGCCGCCCCCAGACAGUGGCAAACUUCGCGGCCUCCCCGGAGCUCGCCCGGCCGAGACUGAUACCUUACAAAUCAGAUCAAAUCCAGUUGCCUCCCCCCGCCCCCCCCCCCUCCGCCCCAUCCCAACCCGAAUCGUGGAGGCUGCGGCCGCCAAAGUGCCGCCGCGGCUGGCGGCCCCUGACCACUAGCCGGGGACCAACAGCGCCACACGAGCGAGGAGGGGGAGAGGGAGUCUGUCUGCAAAGUGCUGCUCCCUGGUGCUCAGAGGCGGCUGCUCCAGCUCCAACUCUCAUUCAUUUCGCCGGUUAACAUGAGAGAUCAUGGCCGCCUUCGGGCUUCUCAGCUAUGAGCAGAGACCGCUGAAACGCCCCCGGCUCGGGCCGCCGGACGUCUACCCGCAGGACCCCAAGCAGAAGGAGGAUGAACUUACCGCUGUGAAUGUAAAGCAAGGCUUCAACAAUCAGCCCGCCUUUACUGGAGACGAGCAUGGCUCAGCUAGAAAUAUUGUAAUUAACCCGUCAAAGAUUGGAGCUUAUUUUAGCAGCAUAUUAGCUGAGAAACUAAAGCUUAACACUUUCCAGGACACCGGAAAGAAGAAACCACAAGUUAAUGCUAAAGAUAAUUAUUGGCUGGUUACUGCUCGAUCCCAGAGUGCGAUUCAUAGUUGGUUCUCUGACUUAGCAGGAAAUAAACCACUUGCUAUUUUGGCAAAAAAGGUUCCCAUCCUUAGUAAAAAAGAAGAUGUUUUUGCAUAUUUAGCUAAGUAUUCCGUGCCAAUGGUUCGAGCAACGUGGCUGAUCAAGAUGACUUGUGCCUAUUAUUCUGCUAUUUCUGAAGCGAAAAUUAAGAAACGUCAGGCUACUGAUCCCAAUUUGGAGUGGACACAAAUAUCUACCAGGUAUCUUCGAGAGCAGUUGGCCAAGAUUUCCGACUUUUACCACCUAGCUUCCAGCGCAGGCGAUGGCCCUGUCCCUGUGCCACCCGACGUGGAACAAGCAAUGAGGCAGUGGGAGUACAACGAAAAGUUGGCAUUCCACAUGUUCCAGGAAGGAAUGCUAGAAAAACACGAAUAUUUGACAUGGAUCUUGGAUGUGUUAGAAAAGAUCAGACCAAUGGAUGAUGAUCUUCUUAAACUCUUAUUACCACUAAUGCUGCAGUAUUCAGAUGAGUUUGUCCAGUCGGCCUACCUGUCCCGCCGCCUUGCCUACUUCUGUGCCCGGCGUCUUGCGUUGCUGCUUAGCGAUGGCCCCAACCUCCUUGCCGCCCACUCGCCCCACAUGAUGAUAGGACCAAACAGCUCGGGCAUCGGGGCCCCCAGUCCCGGCCCCCCCGGUCCCGGCAUGAGCCCCGUGCAGCUGGCCUUCUCCGACUUUCUCUCCUGUGCACAGCACGGCCCCCUGGUUUAUGGACUUAGUUGUAUGUUGCAGACUGUUACUCUCUGUUGCCCAAGUGCCUUGGUGUGGAACUACUCCACAAAUGACAAUAAGAGCGCGAACCCGGGCUCACCCCUGGAUCUGCUGCAGGUGGCCCCCUCCAGCCUCCCCAUGCCGGGCGGGAACACGGCCUUCAACCAGCAGGUUCGGGCCAGGAUUUAUGAGGUAGAACAGCAGAUCAAACAAAGAGGCCGUGCAGUGGAAGUUCGGUGGUCUUUUGACAAGUGCCAAGAGUCAACAGCAGGGGUGACCAUUAGUCGGGUUUUGCACACGUUGGAGGUGUUGGAUCGACACUGCUUUGACCGAACUGAUUCCAGCAAUUCAAUGGAGACACUUUAUCAUAAGAUUUUCUGGGCAAACCAAAACAAAGAUAACCAAGAGGCUGCCCCCAGCGAUGAAGCUGUGGUGACGCUGCUGUGCGAAUGGGCCGUGAGCUGUAAGAGAUCAGGCAAGCACAGGGCCAUGGCUGUGGCAAAGCUCUUGGAGAAGAGGCAAGCGGAGAUCGAGGCAGAGAGAUGUGGUGAAUCAGAGGUCUUAGAUGAGAAGGAGUCCAUUUCUUCAGCCUCUCUUGCUGGAUCUAGUUUGCCUGUUUUCCAGAAUGUUCUGCUAAGGUUUUUAGAUACACAGGCCCCCUCGUUGUCGGAUCCAAACAGUGAAUGUGAGAAGGUGGAAUUUGUGAACCUGGUGCUGCUCUUCUGUGAGUUCAUCCGGCACGACGUCUUCUCCCAUGACGCCUACAUGUGCACCCUCAUCUCUCGAGGAGACCUGUCCAUCACCGCCUCCACUCGGCCCCGGUCGCCAGCAGGAGAGAAUGCAGACGAGCACUAUGCAAAGGACCAUGACGUGAAGAUGGAGGAACAGACUAUUAUGGCGCAUAUGGGCAUUGACUCAGGAACUACUAAUAUUUUUGAUGAAGUAGACAAGAGUGACUUUAAAACUGACUUUGGUUCGGAAUUUCCAAUUUUUUCUCCCGUGCCUGGAGAGUCCUGUGAGAAUGCUAACCCUUCCCUGGGCAGAAGAAUGUCAGUUAACGGUGAGAAGCUGUUGAAGAGAGAAAAACCAAGGGAGUUAAUUUUUCCAUCUAAUUAUGACCUCCUACGACAUCUGCAGUAUGCAACCCAUUUUCCCAUACCUCUGGAUGAAUCUUCAAGUCAUGAGUAUAACCAGCGCACAAUUCUUCUUUAUGGAGUGGGCAAAGAGCGUGAAGAAGCGAGGCAUCAGUUGAAGAAAAUUACCAAAGAUAUUUUGAAAAUCCUAAAUAAGAAGAGCACCACAGAGACCGGGGUUGGAGAUGAAGGACAGAAAGCCAGGAAGAGCAAACAGGAGGCAUUUCCAACACUGGAGACUGUGUUCACAAAACUUCAACUCCUUUCAUAUUUUGACCAACAUCAAGUGACAUCUCAGAUCUCUAACAAUGUGCUGGAACAAAUCACAAGCUUUGCAUCAGGAACAUCGUACCAUCUCCCAUUGGCCCACCAUAUUCAGCUCAUCUUUGAUCUCAUGGAGCCAGCACUGAAUAUCAAUGGCCUCAUUGACUUUGCAAUACAGCUCCUGAAUGAACUGAGUGUUGUGGAAGCCGAACUGCUCCUGAAAUCCUCCAGCCUGGCAGGAAGUUACACAACGGGACUGUGUGUCUGCAUUGUGGCCGUUCUCAGGAGAUACCACAGUUGUCUGAUCCUGAAUCCCGAUCAGACGGCUCAGGUGUUUGAAGGAUUGUGUGGUGUGGUAAAGCAUGUGGUGAACCCCUCAGAAUGUUCUUCCCCAGAAAGAUGCAUCUUAGCCUACCUCUACGAUCUCUAUGUGUCAUGUAGCCACCUCAGAAGUAAAUUCGGAGACCUCUUCAGUAGUGCCUGUUCAAAAGUAAAGCAAACCAUAUAUAAUAAUGUGAUUCCUGCAAAUUCUAACUUGCGAUGGGAUCCAGACUUCAUGAUGGAUUUUAUUGAGAAUCCCUCAGCCCGUAGCAUCAACUACUCAAUGCUGGGCAAGAUCCUUAGUGACAAUGCGGCCAAUCGCUACAGCUUCGUCUGCAACACGCUCAUGAAUGUAUGUAUGGGCCAUCAGGAUGCUGGAAGGAUUAAUGACAUAGCCAAUUUCUCCUCUGAGCUGACGGCCUGCUGCACCGUUCUCAGUUCAGAAUGGCUGGGAGUCCUGAAGGCUCUUUGUUGUUCUUCAAACCACGUCUGGGGGUUUAAUGAUGUACUUUGCACUGUAGAUGUGAGUGACCUUUCAUUCCAUGAUUCAUUAGCUACUUUCAUUGCUAUUCUGAUAGCACGACAGUGUUUCUCCCUGGAGGACGUCGUGCAGCACGUCGCUCUUCCCUCUCUCCUAGCCGCAGCUUGUGGAGAUGCAGACGCGGAGCCUGGGGCGAGAAUGACGUGCCGACUCCUACUUCAUCUCUUCCGAGCUCCCCAGGCCUGCCUAUUACCUCAAGCAACCGGCAAACCUUUCCCCGGAAUAAGAUCGUCCUGUGAUAGACACCUCUUAGCCGCUGCUCACAACAGCAUUGAAGUGGGAGCGGUGUUUGCUGUCUUAAAAGCAAUUAUGAUGCUUGGAGAUGCCAAAAUUGGCAGUAACAAUGUCGGCUCUUUAAAGAAUGACGACUUCACCAUGAGGGGUUUACGACGUGACGGAAGUGCUGAUGAUAUCUGGACUGCCUCACAAAAUUCAAAAUCCUGUGGGAAAAGCAUCUCCAUAGAAACUGCCAAUUUAAGGGAAUAUGCUAGAUAUGUACUGAGGACUAUCUGUCAACAGGAAUGGGUAGGAGAGCAUUGCUUAAAAGAACCUGAAAGAUUAUGCACAGACAAAGAACUUAUUUUGGACCCUGUGCUCUCAAAUAUGCAAGCACAGAAAUUAUUGCAACUGAUCUGUUAUCCUCAUGGCAUUAAAGAAUGUACAGAGGGGGACAACCUACAAAGACAGCACAUUAAACGCAUUCUUCAGAAUCUUGAGCAGUGGACCCUGAGGCAGUCCUGGCUGGAACUUCAGUUAAUGAUCAAACAGUGCUUGAAGGACCCUGGCUCUGGUUCGGUGGCUGAAAUGAACAACCUACUGGACAAUAUUGCCAAGGCAACAAUAGAGGUAUUCCAGCAGUCGGCUGACCUGAACAAUAACUCUUCUAAUUCGGGUAUGGGCCUCUUCAACCCAAACGGGAUUGGAAGUACUGAUACGAGUAGCACAAGACAGAAUGGAAUAAAGACAUUUCUAAGUUCCUCUGAACGCAGGGGCGUGUGGCUGGUAGCCCCCCUAAUUGCUAGGCUGCCGACUUCUGUGCAGGGAAGAGUGUUGAAAGCUGCUGGGGAGGAGCUGGAGAAGGGACAGCACUUGGGUUCUUCUUCAAAAAAGGAAAGAGACAGACAAAAACAGAAAAGUAUGUCUCUUUUGAGUCAGCAACCAUUCCUCUCCCUGGUCCUUACCUGCCUUAAGGGACAAGAUGAACAACGAGAAGGCCUCCUAACAUCUCUGCAGAAUCAAGUUAACCAGAUUUUAAGUAAUUGGAGAGAAGAACGGUACCAGGAUGACAUAAAAGCACGACAGAUGAUGCACGAGGCAUUGCAGCUCCGCCUAAAUUUGGUGGGAGGAAUGUUUGACACAGUGCAGAGAAGCACCCAGUGGACGACAGAUUGGGCCCUUCUUCUCCUUCAGAUCAUUACUUCUGGAACCGUCGACAUGCACACUAACAAUGAAUUAUUCACAACAGUGCUUGACAUGCUGGGUGUUUUAAUCAAUGGAACGUUGGCCUCUGACCUAUCAAACGCAUCCCCAGGGGGAUCUGAAGAGAACAAACGCGCAUACAUGAACUUAGUAAAGAAACUGAAAAAAGAGCUGGGAGACAAGCGGUCAGAAAGUAUUGACAAAGUUCGACAGUUGCUACCUUUGCCAAAACAGACAUGUGAUGUCAUCACUUGUGAACCUAUGGGCUCCUUGAUUGACACAAAAGGAAACAAAAUUGCUGGAUUCGACUCUAUAGACAAAAAACAGGGUCUCCAGGUCUCCACGAAGCAGAAGGUGUCCCCAUGGGAUUUGCUUGAGGGUCAGAAGAACCCAGCUCCCCUGUCCUGGGCCUGGUUCGGGACUGUCCGAGUGGACCGGAAGGUCAUCAAGUACGAGGAACAGCAUCACCUCCUCCUGUAUCACACACACCCCAUGCCCAAGCCCCGAAGUUACUACCUCGAGCCGCUGCCCCUGCCCCCUGAGGAGGAAGAGGAAGGGCCUACAUCUCCCAUCUCUCAGGAACCGGAGAGGAAAUCAGCUGAGCUGUCAGAUCAAGGAAAAACCACAACAGAUGAAGAGAAGAAGACAAAGGGAAGGAAGCGCAAGACGAAAUCCAGCUCGAGAGUUGAUGAGUAUCCACAGAGCAACAUGUACCGAGUGCCUCCCAACUACUCACCCGUCUCCUCCCAGAUGAUGCAUCACCCACAGUCCACCUUGUGGGGCUACAACCUCGUGGGCCAGCCCCAGCAGCCCGGCCUUUUCCUUCAGAGCCAGGCUCUCACUCCAGGUGGCUCCAGGCUGGACCCCGCGGGCUCCUUUGUCCCCACCAAUACCAAGCAAGCUCUGUCCAACAUGCUGCAGCGGCGCUCGGGGGCCGUGAUGCAGCCGCCCUCCCUUCACGCCAUCACGUCGCAGCAGCAGUUGAUACAGAUGAAGCUUCUACAGCAGCAGCAGCAGCAGCGGCUCCUCAGGCAAGCCCAGACGCGACCUUUCCAACAGGACUUCUGUAACUCUGCUGUCUCCCUUCUGGAAGACUUUGACAACAUAAUGGGCCAGCCGGGGGACCAGGCUGCUCUCUUUGCUGCUCAAGCACGGCCCUCCCCUCAGCUCCCCCAGUAUCCAGGUCUGCAGCAAGCACAGACCAUGCCCCAGGGCUAUACGAUGUACGGAACGCAGAUGCCUUUGCAGCAGACCCCUCAGCAGCAGGCUGGCAGCGUGGUCCUGUCUCCUACCUAUAAUUCCAGAACCUAUCCGGCUGCGCAUUCCAACCCGGCGCUAAUGGAAAGACUCAGACAGAUGCAGCAGCAGCCGCCGAGUGGCUACGUUCAGCAGCAGGCGUCUCCGUACCUGCAGCCCCUGAGUGGCUCUCAGAGACUGAAUCAUCAGUCACUUCAGCAGAGCCCUCUGGUGGGUGGAGGACUGGAUGCGGUGCUGACCUCCGUGCACCCAAACCUUCCCUCGGUGUCCCUGUCUCAGGACCCAGUGAGGCCCAGACAGCCACAGGUGCGGCAGCAGCAGAGGCUCCUCCAGAUGCAGCAGCCCCAGCAGUCCUCGCAGCCCCAGGGUCAGACCCUCGGUCUCCAAACCAUGCAGCCUCAGCAGCCUCUGUUUCCCAGGCAAGGCUUGCAGCAGACCCAGCAACAGCAGCAGACAGCCGCUCUGGUGCGGCAGCUCCAGAAGCAGCUUUCCAGUAACCAGCCACAGCAAGGAGUGACGCCCUACGGGCAUCCUUCACACUUCUGAGUCUGGAAGAGGACAAAGACGUGAAGUUUUUUGUUUGCACUGAAAAAUAGAAAAUCACAUUUAAUGCAUUAGUCACCUUUAGAAAUGUCCCUUUGUUCUUUCAUUUCUUUGGCGUUUUCCUAUAUUUGACGCUACAUUUCAUACAAAGGCGUUUAAACAAAAUGUAAAGGAAAAGGUGUGGUUUGGUUUUGUUUCAUUCAAUUUGAAAGUAGGUUUAAAAAUGUGGAUCAUGUGGGCCUGCGCCAGGAAGAGUUUGAUAGCAGACCUUUUGAAAUUGGUGCUUUUAUUGAAUCUCGUAGUUAUAGAAAGAAUGGAUUGUGGUGGAUUUAAAAUAUUUAUGGAUUCAUUAAUGAUGAAGUUUGGUUUUUUGGGGUUUUUUUGUUUUGUUUUGGGUUUUUCUUUUGCACACUGUGCCGGACCAAACUACUGAUUUGAAAGGCAUGUCAGAUCUUGACAGGAAAGCGACCCAUUUAUUCUGCGUUCACCUUUGGUGGCAAAAUGGACAUUUAUUUGCAUCGCUCUAAUUUGAAAUGUUUGUAAUUUCUUAAGCACUUUAUGAACUUUGUUCUUAUUUAUGUAGGAUUUUUCUUUGCUUUUAUUGUGGUCAAAAGGUGCUGAAACAGAUUGUUGCUUAGUACUUAAACUUCUUAGACCAAGAACUUAAACCAAGGCUUCUGUGAGAGCCACCCUAAGGUACGUGGAAGCCUGUUAGAAGUAGCUGUACUACUAAAUUUGUUUUCAGUGGCGAGAUCAUUGACCAGAGUCUUUGUGAAGGUACAACAUGUAAAUUCUAAAGGCCGGAACGAACCACAGUGGAAUUGUUGCAAUUAUUUGCCAGAUUUGGCAAAAAUGACUCUGUCCAGUUUUGGUUCUCCUGAACCUUAUGCCAACUUGAGAAAAAAAUCUCGCAGCUGGCCUGAGAUUCCACAGUGCUCAAACUUGACAUGGUUUCCAGAGAAUCUGGCCCCCAAGUCCAGGGGGGCUCUGGUUUUCAUAAGAGAUGUAUUUGCUGUUUAUUUUGUAUGGUAAGUAUUUGCUAUUUUGAAUUUAACUAUUAAUGUUGGUGUCUGUCUUGGUUGUGUAUUGCAUAUACUGUAUUUAUAAAUUGGUGCAAAAAGCACAAGUAAAGUAAAUUAUACAUCAAAUUUAUUAUAAAGAAAUAGUAACUAUUUUAACUUUGUUCAAGUAUGUGGUAAUUUGCUCCUAUUAGAGUGAAAAAUACAGUAAAUUAUUAUCAGUUUGUGUAACUUAAGAGUAUUCCAUAUAAUAUUUUUUUAGAUUUAGAUGCAUAAAAUUUUGAAUGUGAAAAUUGCAGGGCAUUUUAAAACACGUGGGGGAUAUUUUCCCAUGUUCUGUGUUAAUUCAUUUUCUUUUGCCAUAUGAAUUUACCUGUAACGUAGUCGAGCAUACUGUGAAUAGAUUUGUCUAUAAUGAGCAAACCAUGUAGAACUACUUUUUUUAAAUGUAGCUGGUACAACUUUAGCAGAUCAUUUCCUUUGCAAAUCAUUAUAUAAAUAAUUUAUAUCUUCCCAGGUGAGUUACUCAUUGCAAAAUUUGACUCAUGCAAAUGACCUCAAAUACAUGUCCGCUUACUUUGCUGUGGCAGCAUCCAUGUGAACUGCUUUGUACACUGUGAAACGAUUUCGCUCCAGCCCGCUCAUUUCAUGUUUACUCUGGGUUGGAAAAGACUUUGCCAAAACAUUAAAGACCAUUCUUUUCACUAAAUUAACAUGUUCUAUCUGCUUUCAGAAGAUGAAUCUUGACAUUUCAGCUGGUUUUGUAUAUCAGGGUUUUUUUUUUUUGGUUUUUGGUUUUUUCCCUCUUGAGAGUCAUACUUAGAGUUCAUGAAGUUAUUUUUUCUUCAAAGUAGUCUGUCAUAUAAUGACUGCCUUGGCAAAACAACUGAAAUGUGAAUGUCGUGCCUAGUGAGUACCAGUCAUGUUCUGUCCUGAUUGUUGUUUUACUUCUUCUCAAGAAUUACUGGUGUUUAAAAUGCCACCUUUCAGUUUGAACCAUAUAUAUUUGUAGCUCAGUAUUGCAAACAGAAGUAAGACUGUUUCAAGAAUGAGUGUUAUAAUUGCAUAGCAUUUGUAUGCACUUUACACAUUUUGCAGAAGUUAGUGAAAUUAAUUUAUUAAUCAUUUUGCACUGGAAAGCUGUGGGACAUAGCUUUUUGUUGCUGUCGUCUCUUUUUUUUCAGGUGGGAAAGCUAAGAUAUGGUAAGGCCCUAUAAUUCGACGAUUCUACAGAGAGUUGAGGAAAAACCUAGAACUGGUUUUCCCCUGUGUCCUAUACAGAGAGAAACUGGAAUUUUCAAUCUAUUCUUAUCAUAUUUCCUCCCAUUUAAUCCUCUCUCCUGAGAGUUUUCUUUUUCUUUUUUAGAAUAUGCAUUGAUUUGUCUUGAAAUGAUCACAAAGGAAAGCCCUGUCCUUCGGCAGAACCUGGUAAUUUGCUUGGUGAGACAAAGAGGAAAUUAUCUUAGGAUAAGAUGGAGACCCCCAGUUCCCCUUAAAGACUUUGAAAUAGAAUGGAGUUGGACAUAAGAAGCCCUUAGAUAUACCUGUUUACAUAGUAGGCUUCUUCCUAAUAGGGUUACAUUUGUCCUCUUUUUUUUAUUCCUCUUGGUCCGGAAGUAGAAUGAGAUCACUGUUAGAACGAGUAGCCCUUGACCGCUUAUGGCCACAGGAUACCAACAUCAAAGAACGUAGGAAUCGGGUCACCUCUUUAGGUGGGGCAAGCUGAAAGUUGGUGUGAUGAAAACAAAAUGAAGUGAGUCCCCCCCUCCCCCCCCCCCGGCUCUGUCUCAACUGAUUGACAGGGAAAAAUGUAGUUCUCGGUUUUGUGUGCUGAGCUAUCUGAG